GAUGCUUAAUUCAUAAUGCCUCUAUAUUUUUCCAGUUUUAUUUUGAAUGAUACCUAUCUGAUAAUGCAUGAAACAACCCUUUGGGUAUUUUGUAUUGUGUGAAAGGAUAAGGCACAGAUAUGGAAGGCAAGCGGAGUCUCCGAGUCGCGGGGUUUAGUUGUACUAAGAGGAGACCGUCUCCUGUGUAUAGGGUCAGUGUUGUUGGUUGUUUUCUUACAUUAACGGCGCGACCUUUACGGUGGACUCCGACAUAAUUAGGUUUACAGAAAACAGUUGAGAGAUAGACAGAAACUCGUCAGAAACCUCCUCGUACACACUCCAUGCACAAAUACGAAACACUAUUACACGACAUAUUAAAAGAAUCACCAAAAUAAAGACCCUCUAAUACCUUGUGAUUAAGGAUACGAGCAAUAAAAUCUCCCCUCUUGAAGUCGUAAAAUGCAAAUUGAAAACUGAAAAGUUGUAAUAGUAAUCAAGACGGGGGUUUAGAGUUUUCCUGUUAACGAUGCGUCCAUUAUCCCGCUUAUUGUGGUAAAUUUGAUGUCAAUUUAACACACGGAUGUCACUAAUGACCUUAUGAACCAAUCUUUGUACAGCCUCAUCUUUUAUAGUGUGUAUAUUGAUAAACACCUUUGUGUGCUUCUAUUUCCCGUUCUGUCAAUUAAUUUACGUAAUUCAUGUCAUUUCAUGUUAUUUAUGUCAUUUUGAUAUUGCGUGAGGUAAUGUUUACUUUGAAAAUGAAUUGAGAGAAGAAGAAAAAAAUAAUCUAAACUUUACAAGAGGGUGCGUCUUUCUCAUAUCAAUGACAGUGGUAUGAAUGAUGCUCAAACUGGAUUGUACUAAACAAAAUAGUUACGUGUGAAGUCGUGUUUCCAUCCGAUAUAGAGGAGGAUAAAUACAGAGCGUGUGAGAGAGAGAGAGAGAGAGAGAGAGAGAGAGAGAGAGAGAGUUCGAGUUCAUUAUUGAUUAAUGAUUGUAAUUAUAGCUGCUUUGGUUUUUUUCUUUUUCUAUAAUUGGUUCGGUGCUAUUUUAGGAAUUAAUAUAUCUAGGCUAUAAAUACACCGACGUAAUAGUUAUUGUCUAUUCUAAAGACAUGGAAAAUAAUAAUGAACAUAGUACGUGGGAAUUCGUGGACAUUCAUCUAAAUAUAUCUAUAUCUGUUUUUUCAUAAAGCCUCCAGCUUCUCGCCACCCAGUCGAAUUAGAAAAAAACCCUUCACCCAGAAGCUCGAUCUUGUUAGUUUUAUUGAUGCACGAGUUUGUAAGUGAAUCUAAACGGAUUCUUGAUUGCAAAGUGUCCUAAUGUGCAUGCCAUUAACGGAGAAUCUGUGUGUGAAUGCUACAUGUAAAGACUUCUGAAAAAGUUCUGGUUUGUUCAUUUUUCUCAACAUAAUUUUCUUUUUUUUCUUUUUUCUUUUUGGCGUGUCAAUUGUUUUAAUGAAGCAAUUUUUCAGACAGAUAUUUUGAUGUAUGAUGAUGUCAGGUUUAGAAAACAUCAAACAUCUUCAAAAGCAUUAUCAGGUUGUAGAGAAUGCUUGUCGUGUAAAUCAUAUCAGCUCGUUUUCCAAAAACCCAACCGUGCGUGAAUGAAAAUGCGAGAAAGUGCCCCAAUACCACAAUGGUGUUUUUAGAACCAUGCUGUAAAUAGGUCGUUCAAGAGAUUUCUCCAAUUCAAAUCCGUGACCUUGUAUAUUGGUGCAAAAUGUUCUCAAGUUAGAUAUGCUACUGAUAAACCGUUUCUCAUAUCUAAUUAUCAUUUUCAAAAUGCAAUUUAGAUGAACUAUUUUGUGACCGUUAGAGGUCGCUGCUAAUUGAGGAAGAAUCUGCUACACAAAUAGUCUUGAUGUGUAAGAAUUUUAUAUGUAUUGCAAGUCAUUUUCAUUUAUGAAUAAUUCAUAGUAAAACAUUUACUUUCAUAAAAAUUCAAGGGUAAAUUAUUUCGGUGAAUGUAGCAUGCCUAAUUUAAUCUAAAUAUUUUUACGUGGUUUUAAACCAUUAAAGAUGCUUUGAAGCAUUUUCACGUCACAUCUAUUGGGGUUUGCUGUUGUAUGGAAGUUUUUUGUGCAGUUUUUACCUUGUUGGUGUUAGUCUAUCGGAGGCGUCUCUGGGUCCCGCUGUGGUGAUUGAGACAUGUCGACAAUGCUAGCGAACACUGGCCCCGAUGUGUUGGUAUCUUAGAUACAUAUUGAUACUUGUUUUCAAAACUGUGGAGUAGGUGUCGAGAUUAAAAAAACGAAUCGGUAGAAUUUAUAUAAACUAUGGAGAACCACUGCAAAGAAGUUAUCAGAGCCCAAAGUUCGAACCCCAGCGAAUAUCCGCCAAAGAGAACGUUAUGAAGUUCCUACUGGUACUGGUUCACGAACAGGUAGUGGCACACCGAAUUGUAGAAAUGACAACAUGUAUUGUUAAACGGCAACCUCUAAAUUACAAAUGCGGCGGAAUAUAAAAAAUAAGCCUUAAACUGAAUACAAAUGAAGAUACGUAUACUCUCUAGCAAAAGCUAAUCACGGACUAAACAUGAAUUCACGCCCUAUGUGCUGCUUGAUUAAAAAAAUAUGCAUGGGAAUGAGAUGGGUAAAGUUCCGUUCCUAGACGGCGCUGUGAUGCGAUUCGUGGUUUCUUUUUGUAGUUAGUAGAACUUUGGAAUUUUUUAAUGUAACUAACGACACUUUGACGAUAGGAGUAAAACAUUUAGAGAUUUGUUUCUGUAGAGAUAAUGAUAAUUGUCAUAAGUUUGGAAGUUCUAGAGAAAUGUAAAAGAUAAGGACAAGAUUAUCAGAACCGGAAAUAAUUAUUCUGUUUUAAAUGGGCCAUUCUUUCAGAGAAUUUUCUGUAUCAGUUCCAUAAAACAUAGAAAGAAAUGUUUCAUGCCUGCGCCUAAAAUGAUAUUUUUCGAACAUUUUGACGAUUGUAGUUUGAGGAGACGUACUAAUGCAAAUCAUAUUGUGACCCCGCGCUGUUCAUUCAUGCCGCAGCGGAAGUAACGCGAAUUAAGCUCGGAUUUCCUCUGAAAUAUUCUAUUUUCGACAGGAGGAAGGCUGCCUUGCGGUUCAUUAGAUCGUAAAUAAAUAUGUGUGCCUUUCAAGAGUUUUGUUAAGACAAAACUCUUUCUGUAUGAGAGCAGAGCAUAAAACCGAGUUACGUCAUUUGGUUAAAACGCAAGUCGCGGAAACUCUAAGCCGCACAUUUUGCUAAUUGUGAGGCAUCGCUGCGGCGAUGUUUACAAAGUAGACAAAAAAGCCAUGUUAAGAUUUACAAACAAAUGCAAAUAUUUUUAUGACUUCGCUGUGUAUUAAAAGCAACAAAAUGGACUCGAUAUGGAAAAUGAGGAUCAGUGUGAUGAAUAACACUUGUCAUAAUUUUGACAGAAUUGUCAAUGAAUUAAAACUCGAGUUCUGUAUUAUAAAAACAGUCAUCAUGACCAACAGGUUUCAAGAAUAACGAAGUAUGUGAAAUGAAAAUAAGAGUGGAUUCUUUUGUCAUCUUGCCAACCAUGGGCAUUCAAUAUUCAUGGUCGUAUGUUCAUCUUAAUUAUUAUAUACAUCGCUGACAAAUGGUUUCUAAUCCACACCAUUGUCAAGCACUGCUGUCAGUGUUGUUUCUUCUCCGGCUAUAGAUACGAACUGUAUCAUCUUAACCGUGUAGUGGAAAUACGUUACUUAAACGCCAGUUUAAUGGAAGUACAAGCAAAAAACCUAAUGACAUUGCUUUGGUUGUCAAAGAAACGAUAGACAAGACAUAUAUAAAGUAAAUUGUAGCGAGAGCUGGGGGUGUUUGAACAUCCGGUGCUCUGAUUAGUGCUUUCUCUUCACAUACGAACACAAGGAACCCAAUGAACGUUUAAUUUCAAUGCAUGUCUGUGUGUGUUGAACCAACAAUAUACUUUGGAUUAGAGACAUAAAAUUAGCUCGGUUGCUACAAAAGAAUAUGACUUUUCGGAACAGAACGAACUUUUCAAAAUCUUUGUAUUUGGUAUAGGGAUAUACUUCGAAGUCCUUGGAUUUUGAAUUUUUUCAGGUCAGCAGCACUUUUCUGGCUAAAAGUAUUCUGAUCUCGCCGUUUCGCUUAAAAAAGGAAACUUAUCGCCAACCAAUUGCAGCAUAUGGUUUCAAAGGUUACUUAAUUCGCAUUAUUGUCAUGUUCUGAUCGGCAUUGUUAGAGAUAACGAAUAAAAACACGGGGCCAAAACAAUACGUUGUACACAUCUUUGGCCGAGCCGAGACGUACACGUGUGCGGUAUUACAUUUCAUUUAACGACUCAUUUCCAGACUUUGUCCUCUUUCCAAGUUUCAAACCUCUUAGACUAUACCAUCAAUUAAUGGUUUCCUGGAUAUAAUAUUGCAACAAUGUCCUCGAGUCUCGAGUCUUGUUUGGAUUUAGACGACGUGGUCCUAUUUUACUUACACCGUCAUUUUUUGUCUUUGGUGAUAUCAUCAUUAGUUUAGUGACUGUAUCUUUUUCCCUUGUCUGUGGAGCACGCAAUGUUAAUGCACAGUUAGGGAGGCCGUUUCACCUGCAACGAAUCCGAUGGCGCUUUGUUUACGUCGAAACAUUCCAGGCUUCCUUAAUUGAAACAAAAUUUUUGACGAGUUUUAACCUUAUUAUCUGAUAUGAUGUAUAACUAAUGGCCGGGGAGUAGAUUUCUGUCGUUUUCUUUGAUCUCUAUGUUCGUUUUAAUCUUUUCUCAAGCUAGGAAAAUUAUAUAACAUCAAAUCAAUUACAUACACUAUUAAAGAGUUGAAAAUCAUCAAUUUUACAUCUUCAGUUUUUUCAGCAACAAUGAUAAUUACAAGCAGGCGAAAAUAUUUGACAGCCAACAUAAAGAUAACAUUUGUUUUCGAAGAAGUUUCACCCUAAAUUAAAAUCACACUGAUUUAUGACGUUUUAUCUGUUCAUCUAAAUUUUUCUUCAAAGAUAGAGAACAUUUUCUUGUUUCGACAGCAUUAGAGUCUGUCUGUUUGUUACUAAUUUUAAGAUGCUACACAAUGCCAUGUUAGAUGGCUAUCGGUGAAUAUCCGUGUAGUGCUUGUCAGAAUUACCCCCAGAACACGCGUACAGGGAUGAGAAAAUAUAAAUGACCUCUGUGACGUCAUCAGUGUUCGUGCUUCGCGAUAUGUCUCUGUAUCAAUGGUGCUGUCCUGAGGAGCAUGCAUUGUCGUUGUUGAGUGAUCAGUGUUCCUGCACAACAACGGAGUGUCAAGAUGGAAGAAAUGUGCAAAUGCUUUCGGAAAACGUUUUAACCUUUGGCCAGUAGAGGAACGAGAGAAAGUCCAUUAAAUCGUGGUGCCGAUAUUUCGCAGGAGGACGAACUUGUUUAAACAGUUUAUCUACCAAUAUCAAAGAAGAAACGAAACGAGGAAAAGUUUAGGAUUUUUUAUGAAAAUUUGGCAUUUUACAGAUAAAAGAUUUAUCAAUUUUGAAUUAAAAAAAGAAACGUUGGGAGUCAGUGGCGAUUUAGGUUCUUUGAUUCUUCCUGAAAACUGGACGAAAUGGGAACGCUGCGAGACCUGCAGUUCUCUCUGAGGAAUAAAAUUGAGGAAUUAAACCAAAGAGACAGCCUUAUAGACGAAUUAGAGGCAGAACUUGACGAGAAGGAUGCGCUUAUUGAGAAACUUAAAAUGGAACUGGAGAAAUGCAAAGCGGUGUUAAAUUCUACUGUUGUGAAACCAACCAAAGAAACUGGAACUUUGAACAAGGAGCGAAACAAACGAUGUGCAAUUUCUGCGGAACCGUCCCAGUAUGGUGUCAACGUGCAAACACCUUUGAUAACAGUCAGCAAACCAGAGGUUUCCCGCGAUUUGAUUCGGACAGCUAUUCUUGACAAUGAUUUUAUGAAGAACCUGGACAUGGGGCAGAUUCGGGAGAUCGUGGAUUGUAUGUACCCGGUGGACUACACCAAAGACAGCCUCAUCAUCAAGGAGGGGGACGUGGGGUCACUCGUCUACGUCAUGGAAGAGGGUAAGGUGGAGGUGACGAAGGAUGGGCAGAAGCUGUGUAAUAUGGGCCCCGCCAAGGUGUUUGGGGAGCUGGCUAUUCUCUACAACUGUACCAGAACGGCAAGUGUCAAAGCCCUGGUGAGUUGUAAGCUGUGGGCGAUAGACCGACCAUGUUUUCAAAGUAUAAUGAUGAGGACGGGGCUGAUGAGGCACGAGGAGCACAUGGAGUUCCUCAGAAGUGUUCCAACAUUCAAACAUCUACCAGAGGAACUAGUUAGCAAAAUCGCUGAUGUUCUCGAAGAGGCUCACUACAACAAUGGGGAAUACAUAAUUCGCCAAGGAGCACGAGGAGACACAUUCUACAUCAUAGCCAAAGGCAAGGUGAAGGUGACCAGGCGCCACUCGAAGUCUGGAGAUGAACAGUUGAUACGGUGUCUCCAGAAAGGGGAAUUCUUCGGGGAAAGAGCACUACAAGGGGAGGAUGUCAGAACUGCUAAUAUUGUGGCGUCAGAUCCAACGGGAGUGGAUUGUCUCGUUAUUGACAGAGACUCAUAUUCGCAGCUAAUAAGUGACCUUGAUGAACUUAAGCGCGUGUAUGACGAUGACGAAGAAAAGGCCGUGGCUGACCAAGAAUUUAUGAAGUUGAAGUUGAGCGACCUCAGUAUUGUUGCUACAUUGGGUGUAGGCGGUUUUGGCAGAGUAGAAUUGGUCCAAGUAAACAACGAUAAUUCCCGGACAUUUGCCCUCAAAAUUCUCAAGAAGCACCACAUUGUGGAGACCAGGCAGCAGGAACAUAUCAUGAACGAGAAAAAAAUCAUGUCGGAUUCUCGGUCUGAUUUCAUCGUCAGGUUGUACCGGACGUUUAAAGACCGGAAGUACCUGUACAUGUUACUCGAGGUCUGUCUAGGUGGCGAAUUGUGGACUGUUCUCAGAGACAAGGGUUCCUUUGAUGAUGUCACAACGAGGUUCUACACAGGUUGCGUUAUAGAAGCCUUCGCCUAUCUGCACAAUAAGGGCAUUGUUUACAGAGAUCUCAAACCAGAAAAUUUACUUCUAGACUCUCAGGGAUACGUCAAAUUGGUUGACUUCGGUUUCGCUAAGAAAGUAGGAUUGGGAAGAAAGACAUGGACAUUUUGCGGGACCCCGGAGUAUGUGGCCCCAGAAAUCAUUCUGAACAAAGGUCAUGACAUAUCGGCGGACUUCUGGUCGUUAGGGAUCCUUAUGUUUGAACUGCUUACUGGCAGUCCACCAUUUUCAGGACAAGAUCCAAUGAAAACUUACAACAUUAUUUUGAAAGGCAUUGACGCUAUUGAAUUUUCGAGAAAAAUCAGCAAAAAUGCCCAAAAUCUAAUAAAGAAACUGUGUCGUGAGACGCCCUCAGAAAGACUUGGGUUUGGUCGGGGUGGGAUUCGUGAGAUCCAAAAACAUAAGUGGUUCGAAGGUUUCAACUGGGACGGAUUAAAAAAGAGGACACUAAACCCCCCAAUAACACCCCAUGUAAAAUCUGCAACAGAUACCUCUAAUUUUGAUGACUACCCAGAUGAAGAAGACGAUCCCCCGCCAGAUGAUGUCACGGGAUGGGACAGAGACUUCUGACGUCAUUUGGGAAACUGAGUAGUUGGGAAAAAAAAAUGUCUUUCUGAAAUCCGUCGAGAGUCGUGGAGCUACAACAGAAUGCAAGUUACCCAAGUAACGAAACGCAACGUGAAGGGCUUUCAUAGUUACUAUGGUGAUCAGAGACGCCAUUAAACUUCGUCCAAGGUGAACUGAUUACAGACAAAGAUAAAACAAAGAUCUGUGAUGAAGAACAGAUACUGACGAUUUUAUAUAUGUAUAGUAUUUUUAUAUAUUGCUUCUGAUGUGCCUUAUUUACGAAACUGUGGAGUAGUCCAGUGUGUUGACGUCAUAGUGAGAAUUCAUCAACGUGGGAGAUGCUAUAGGAUGAAUAGGCUAGAGAUUGUUGACUUCUCAUUUUCUACACGUAUUUAUAAUUUUACAUUAUCGCCAUACCAAUGAAACAAAAUAAAAAUAUUACAUUUUGUAAAA